GGAAGUUGGCUUUUAGCAUAGCAGCUGACGCCUUUGUUGUGUUUACUCAACUUUGUCGGCGAAGUAGUUGAGGUUUUUUUCCCUGGAGCUGCAUGCUGACUAAUUCUAUGGUUGAUCGGAUUACGAUGGCUUCUGUUGACUUCGUGUAGUAAUGCCUUCAAGUCUUGAAUCUUUGUCUGGAACUAACUUGAAGGGGUUGGCAAGAUGCAGCAGUGAGGAAGUGCGUGGCGUUGGCGUCAAUGGGGCAGUGCCUGUCCCCGUGCUGUGACAAGCAGGCUCCCCACAGCCCCGGUGGCAGUCUGCCCGACUCGGGACAGGCCAACCCGAGCCGCACUCUGUAUAUUGCGGGGAUCCCCGUGUCGGACAGUAAGGACACGGGUUGUGGAGAGCCGAACCCGCCUGUGAGCACCCCGGGCUCGGAGUGGAAGAUGUUCACACCCUACCCAAAGCUUCCGCCAAUCAAGAAGCAAGGGGGCAGUGCGGAGGCUAAGCGUUUGUCCUUAAUUUCUCGUGAAGUGUCAGAGGCGAAAAUUCUCGUGAUGUUUGAAAUGUAUAAGGAUGCAGACGAGGAUUGUAUUCUUGCUGAUGGCAUAGAGAAAUUCUGUAUGGACCUUGAGGUCAAGCCGGAGGAAUUUGUUGUGCUUGUGUUAGCAUGGAAGUUUCAAGCAGAAACCAUGUGUGAAUUUACCAGAUCUGAGUUUCUUCAAGGUUGCAAAGCUAUGAAAGUUGAUUCUGUGAAAGGGAUACAGAGUAAAUUUCCAGACCUUCUAGCUGAGGUGAAAGACAGGCAAGCAUUUAAAGAUCUCUAUCGAUGGACUUACAGAUUUGGGUUAGACAAUGCCUCAGGCCAGAGGACGUUACCUACUGAGAUGGCGAUAAGUUUGUGGAAGCUGGUCUUCUCGCAGAAUGAGCCCCCUGUGCUUCAGCAUUGGCUAGAAUUCCUAGAAAAACAUACCAGUAUCCGUGGAAUCCCCAAAGACACGUGGGAUAUGUUUUUGAACUUUACUGAACAAGUUGGAGAAGAUCUCAGCAGCUAUGACGACACAGAGGCUUGGCCGAGUCUAUUAGAUGAUUUUGUAGAGUUUGAGAAUGAUCGGCAGAAUCAGAAUGUCAUGACAGACUGAGCUGAACAAUUAUCCCUUUCUUCUAGAACUGUGAGACUUAAGCUGGAAUCAUUCUCCAAACAGCCAUUUAUCUUUUUUUGAUUGUGCAUGCUUGAAUUUACUGUGGAUGUUAGAAUUCUUAUAAAGUGUUCUCUUAGUUUGGCUUGCUGUAUUGUAAAGAGGGGUAAGGAUGUUCAUGGACAUUUACCUUUUUAGAUCAUGAUGUAUUGUUAUAAAGGUGGGUUUGUUGCUGUUGUAUUGUACCUAAGUACAAAGUGACAUGACUGGUUGUCUGGAGGUAUUAUGAAGUACUGGACUGUAGAUCAGUAUAAAUAAUAAAACAUUGCUGGCAGUAUCAACUGCCUUGUUUGAUAGCAUAUCAGUGUGAUUCUAAAGUCAGUUAUGCAUCCACAUUUUUUUAUGUGGAGUUGUUUGAUUUAUUUUUUUAAUUACGCAGACUGGGACAUUUAUUUGUCUUUUUUCACUUGAUGAAUUAUCAUUAUCAAAUGGAGGAUGCAGAGUGGCUUUGAAUUCUUUUGCUCUUCCUCAUUGUCAUGACCUGCAAAGACUUUGUGAUUUUGAGGUCAUAGGUCUUCAACAAGUAUUAUAAGAAAGGAGAAAUUGUAUGUCAAAGUCUUUUAAAAAUGUUUUUUCAACAUUGUUUUCAGUAUUUCAGAUGGUAGUAGUUGAAGUCAGUUGGGCUCUUUCUAUAAGAUUUUGGGAUUAGUAAAAGAACAUGAAACAAAUAUUCAGCAUAACUGAUCUGUCAUUUUCUGUCUGAAAUGCCUUUGAUAGAUUGCCCUGCAUUGUUGAGUUGUUCGGUUUACAGUAAAUUAAUCUUCAGUGCGAGGACACUUUAGUCUAGAGGAAAGGUUCUUGCCUUUUAUGCUGAUCAAACUACUUGGUUGAUUUCCAAGUAUAGUCUGGCAUGGGGAGGAUACUUUUUUUUCAACUUCAUGUUUCAAAAGUCAAACAUUUAGAAUGGGAAGAAAAAGCACAGUAUCAGAGGGUCCUUUUAGAGUGUAUGUUCAAGAUACAGACUGAAAUUUGAAAGAGAGCAACUAUGUUCAAGCCUGCUGCCAAGGCAACAUUCUAAAAGCAAUCUCAGUUCAUAAGUGAAGAAAUAUUGGUCAUUGGUCAGUAUGACUGAUGAAGUGCACCUUCAAAGCAGCUGAUUGUUUACUGAAAAAAGAAAAAGAAUUACUAUGUAUAUAGUUUUCAAGUAAAUAAGAAACUGUAUUGCUUGCAGAAUCAAAUUGUCCUGAUAUGUGGGGGAGGGGGGUUGCAAAAAAA